CUGGCACAGUUGAGAUGGACAGCUAUUAAAAAAAUGCCAUUUACUUUUAGCAGUUUUAGAGCUUAACUAGUGGAGGCAGACAUAGAAGGGCUGUUCAUAAAAUAAUUUGCAGUGCAGAGUAAGGAAAAAGUACGUAUAUAGCAUGGAGACAGAAGACAAUUUUCUCGGGCAGUUAGAAGUGAAGCCCACAGCCGGCAAACAUAACAGCGUCAACGCCAGACCAGACCAGCCAGGAUGUUGUAACUGGCUAUGGGAAGCCCCGCGUGAAAGCUGCUCUAACUUUGAUCUGUUACUGUGAUGUCACAUGUACAGCAACAUGUGCUCUGCGUGUGGCACGAAAACGCUGGGAGUCAGGCAUAAACGAGCAUUUGUUGCUGGGCUAUUCCAGGGCAUUGCUCAUACCCUGUGCCUUGGGCAUGACAGAAUCUGCGUUUAUCUUUUAUUACCUGCUGGAUCGUCCUGGAAAGGACCUCCUGGAAUUCAUCAUUCACUCCUUUGUUAGAGGUCUACAUAUAAAUGCACCCUGAAGCCAUCGCUGAAGGGAGUGUGGUUGGCAAGGCUGAUUUACCGUAAGAAACGGUUGACAUGAACGAUGAAGGGGACCUUGCACAGGAGGACACAACAAAAGAUGAAGCAAACUCGACUGAAGGCAGCAGGGUGAACAAGUUGAAAAGGACAAGAAGAAAAGUCACCAAACCACAUCUUUGCUCAGCAGAUGGGGAUGAAAUCACCAUGGCCAAUUCCAGGGAGAUGUCCAGAAACCAAACAGCAGAUCUGAGCAAACCUGGCUCUGCUGAGUCUUGGUCCUGGCACAAUGCCAAAGACGCCCAAGAUCAGAUACCAGUGGUAAAAUCUUCACUUCCCAGUGCUGGUGCUCCUGAUGCUGAAUUCAACCCGAAUACUGAUCACACUCGGGACAAUGCUCAGAGUUUGAUCCUGCCUCAACUUUCUUCUAGAAUGAAACACAUCAAACAAGAAAUGGCCAAAAAUCACCUCCAGUUUGUACGAUUUGAAGCCACAGACUUGCACGGUGUCUCCAGAUCUAAGAGCAUCCCUGCACAAUUUUUUCAAGAAAAAGUGAUCCAUGGAGUUUUCAUGCCCCGUGGUUAUCUGGAAUUGAUGCCGAACCCUAAGGACAAUGAGGUAAAUCACAUACGAGCCACGUGCUUCAAUAGUGACAUAGUCCUCAUGCCAGAGCUGUCGACCUUUAGAGUCUUGCCUUGGGCAGAGAGGACUGCGCGGGUGAUUUGUGACACCUUCACUGUGACGGGCGAGCCUCUGCUGACGUCCCCUAGGUACAUCGCCAAGAGGCAGUUGCGCCAGCUGCAGGAUGCCGGCUUCUCUCUGCUGUCUGCCUUCAUCUAUGAUUUCUGCAUUUUCGGUGUGCCCGAAGUGAUCAAUUCAAAGACCAUAUCUUUUCCUGCCUCGACAUUACUAAGUAAUCAUGACCAGCCCUUCAUGCAGGAGCUGGUUGACGGCUUGUAUCACACAGGGGCAAAUGUGGAGAGCUUCUCCUCUUCUACCAGGCCUGGGCAAAUGGAGAUCUGUUUUCUCCCGGAGUUUGGCAUUAGCUCAGCGGAUAAUGCCUUCACCCUCAGAACAGGUGUCCAAGAAGUGGCCAGGAGAUAUAACUACAUAGCAAGCCUUGUAAUUGAGACUGGAUUCUGCAACUCAGGAAUUUUGUCUCAUAGCAUCUGGGAUGUGAGCGGGAAGACAAACAUGUUCUACAGUGGUUCUGGGGUGGAGAGGCUCACGCUCACCGGGAAGAAGUGGUUGGCAGGCCUGCUGAAGCACUCUGCGGCUCUCAGCUGCCUGAUGGCCCCUGCUGUCAACUGCCGCAAACGCUACUGCAAGGACAGCAGAGACCUGAAGGACAGCGUGCCCACCACGUGGGGAUACAACGACAACAGCUGUGCCUUGAACGUCAAGUGUCAUGGUGAAAAAGGCACCCAGAUAGAAAAUAAAUUAGGUUCGGCAACCGCGAACCCUUACCUGGUAUUGGCCGCUACUGUGGCAGCAGGCUUGGAUGGUCUUCAGAGCAGUGAUGGUGCUGCGGCUGAAUCCGAUGAGAGCCAGGAUCUCUAUCAACCAGAACCUUCCGAGAUCCCUUUGAAGAUGGAAGAUGCCCUCGCCGCCCUAGAGCAAGAUGAGUGUCUGAAGCAGGCACUGGGAGAGACUUUCAUUCGCUAUUUUGUUGCCAUGAAGAAGUACGAACUGGAAAAUGAAGAAACAGACGCAGAGGGAAAUAAAUUCCUGGAGUAUUUUAUAUAGGAUGGAACUAUAGAGAUGUUAUUAUGACAAGUAGCUAGUUUAUCAGAAUGAAAAGAUUGAGCCUUUGCAGUUAACAACACUAGACAGCUUCUGCCCCUCCCCCACGGAUUACUGGGCAGAUGAAAUGGGAUUGGUGAGAUCCUGAUUUCAGCUAUAGACAAUAAAUUUGUGGUGAAACAGCAUAUGCAAACUU